AUAAUAAUAAUAAUAAUAAUAAUAAUAAUGUGCAGGGGAGGACAGGACAGGCGAGAGGAGGCUAUUCCUCUCCUAUCUUGUUGGAUAUUUCUCUUCUUCUUCUCCUUCUCUUCCUCUUUCUCUUCUCCCUCGUCCGCUCUGACAAUACUUAAAUUCUUCGCUUCUGCACUCGUUUGGCAAAUUCCGCUCCUUUUUUCUUCAACUGCUGCCAAUUAACAUAUUCGCUAUAUUCUCUCCUUCAUCAAUACUUUGAUUUCUUUCUUAUAUAUAUUGUUCUUUUUUGAAAAGAAAAAAAAACCCCCAGCGAAAAUGCAUCUGAUGAAAUCUCUUCUUGCCAGCGCGCUUCUGGUCGCUGCUGCUGUUGCCCAAAAGAUUUCUUUCACCAGCUUCCCCGAGGAUGUCCAGGCUGGCGAGCCUGUGACUGUCACCUGGACCGGUGGUAGUGACGAGCCUGUCACCAUCACGCUAAUGAAGGGCCUCAGUAAGGACCUGCAAGAGGUCGAGACCUUGACCACCUCCGGACAAGACGGUACCUUCACAUGGACCCCUGAAUCUGACAUCGUCAAUGGCGACGACUAUGCUCUCCGAAUCAGCCAGGGUGACGAAGUCAACUACACCAACCUGUUCGACGUCAGCGGCGGCUCUGGCAAGGAGGAGACACCCUCUCCAACCGUUACCACUCCUCCCCCCACCGUUACUGGCACUUCCUCCCCAAGCUCUGGCCCCAGCAACUCUAGGAACAGCACCAGCAGCGAAGCAACCACCAUCACCACUGGCGUGACUGUUACUCCCACAGGUCCCACAACUGCUCCUCCCACUCCAACUCCUAGCGAACCUUCUGCCGCCUCCAUUAUGGCCGUGUCCAGCCCCUUCGCAUUGAUUAUGGGUGUGUUGGUCGCAUUUGUCUACUUGCAUUAAAUUACAUUUGAUGUAUUUUGAAACCAUCUAAAUUUUUUUCUCCUCUACUUCGAUUGUCGAAGAUAUAUUUAAGCUUCUUUGGGCUUCGGUUCUUUUCUUCUUCUAUUUUGUCCACUGCAAACUCCAUCUUCUACUGGAGCUCGUGAUAUCAUACCCUGUCUUUCUGUUGUCUUUUUUUAUUUAUUUUUUAUUUUUUAUUUUUUUCUCUUCUAUAGACAACACUCGACCCGAUCUAUUCGUCAUAAUAAUGUUGUGUCGCUCUAUUGACUUACCUACAAACACAUCUUUACACAUGCUGCGCAUCUUCACACACAGUCGCAUGCGACUUCUUGUCCGACCACCUAGGACGGAAAUGGGAGCGGGAUCAGUUAAAACAGGAAGAAGGGAAAUGAUGUAGGGGUGUUGCUCUCGAAAGCUUGGAGAGGGCAGGGAGGGAUGAAAGCCGGCAUGGCUCGCCUUGAGUGCCGCCCAGAAGCUCCGUAUGGAGAUUAUCCUUUUGUGCUUCGUCUUCUAUUGAUUUAGAGUUGGAGUCUUGUAUCUUUCUUGAUAAUGAAAAGGGCAGUGUUCUGUUUUUCUCAUUCUUUGCCUCUCUUUUUUUCUUUCGUAAGUAAUUAGAAAAAUAGCAUUCUGCAACCGGCCUCCGUCCCUAGUAUGUAACUACUACAUUGCCACAGAUGUACCUCUCUAUUCCAGGCUACAUCCAUGUAUUGACGGAUUAGGGGACCUUACCUGUGCAGCACGGGCUGAUGUAUUCGAAGCUGUACAAGCUGCUCCAUAUUCCACCACCUGGCUAGACUGGCAGAGGGCGGAGAAUCCAUACCUCUGCGACAGUAGUACGGAAUUGCUCAUCUCACCCUAUAGGCACAGUUACAGGUACAGCUCACUCUUUCUUCCCC